AUGGCCAACAACUGGGACCCAUUGAGCAUCCAGCACGAGGUGCCGAGCCCGAUGUGCCUGCUCAGGGUCAAGAGGGACAUCGCCGAAUUCAACGCGCAGCCACCGGCGAGGCUCUUCAUCUCUCCCGAGGAAAGCGACAUCACCCAAGUCCACGUGCUCAUGAUCGGAGCGCCCGGUUCGCCGUACGAAGGCGGAUUCUUCCAGUUCUUCCUCAAGUUCCCGCCAAACUACCCGCUGAGCCCGCCUCGCGUUCGGUUCCUUACCACGGACGAAGGUAGAGUCCAGUUUCACGUACACCUCUACUCCUGCGGCAAGGUCUGCGUGACCACCUUGGGCACCGGUGGCGGACCGUGUGACUGGAGCCCCGCCCAAUCGCUGUCCAGCACCCUGGUCUCCGUGCAGUCGCUGCUCAGUGACAACCCAUACUACGACAUAUUCAGCGUACAACUUUGGAGAGGUGACAGCGAAAAGUACAACACCCUCAUCCAACACGAGACGAUCCGCGUGGCGGUGUGCGAACAAGUGGAGGCGGCCCUCAGGGACGACGCCAAGUGUCCGCCGUCCUUCAGGAAGGUCAUACUCGAGUCGUUCCUCGAGUCGUACGGGAAGUACGUGGACGCCGUCACGGCGCGGCUCGAUCAGACGGGAACGCCGCUCAAGUACUUCGCGUUGGGCUCCGUGAAAAGGAUCGCCGAGUACGACGCGUUACUGACCCGACUGCAGAGCCUCAAGAGCCAAGUCGAGAAGAAGAAACAGGAAGAAGAAGCAGCAGCGGCGGCUGCUGCUGCUCAAGUAACGUCAUGCGGGCCGGGGCACAUCUGA